AUGGAACAGCAGACGUCGACGUCAACGGUAACAGUCGAGUAUUUCGAUCCCCACGAUGUUUACAAGCUCCUGGCCCCAGGGCUAGUCCCCCGGCUUCCUCUGCACAACCUCAACUGGCAGUCUCACUCCGGACCGCUACGAUCAAUCGACACGCUCCAUGUUGAGCUGAUUCGGGGGAGUCUUGAAAUCCCCGAGUUGACCUUGUCACCGACAUCGCGGCGUUCGGGCAGUGUCUCGCGGGCGGGCGACGGUUUGCGAUCACGCAGCGUGAGCGUCUCUACGGACUCGGGAAAAGCUCCGCCGUCGCUUCGUUCGAAAGCUAGUGGGAAUCUACGGCGACACCAGAUCCCGGGACUUCGUCGAACCCCUUAUCUCAAGCUGCUGCUGGUACGAUGCGAUGACAACGACUCAUACAAGAACUCGGUGCGAGCCGAGGUUCGCGAGUGGGUCAAGAACCAUACCUCUCCCGUGAGCACCUCGAAGAAGGGCACUGGCCAAGAGAACCACGAUGCGUUUGAAUGGCUCAUUGUUCACGUCGUACUCCCCAACACCGCAGCUUCAACUCAGCCGAGAAGCAGCGGAAACUCGGCCUCAGCGGAGAAGAGUGCGGCGUCGCGAUGGCGUCCAGGGACGACCCCUUUACUAGAGAAGCUUCGAUCAGACUUCAACGAAACGACCAAGGGAUCUCAGGACCAUGUUUCGCAGAUUAGGAUCGUGCCAUCAGGUUACAAAGAGACAGAAACAGAUGCCGAAAACGCCUGGAAUGAUUUGAUAGCGAAAAUCAAGAGCCUGAUACUAGCCUCGUUUGACAUGCGAGUAACUCAGUAUGAAGAGGAUAUUCGGGAAAAGGACGCACAACGAACCCUACCUGGCUGGAACUUUUGCACUUUCUUUAUUCUCAAAGAGGGGUUGGCGAGGGGAUUUGAGAGCGUCGGUCUUGUAGAAGAUGCGUUAGUUGGGUAUGAUGAGCUCAGCGUCGGAUUGGAUACAGUCCUACAUGAGCAGCUGGAGUCAGGUUCACCGGAGAGACACGGAGGUGAAAUGCUGGCAUUUACCGAAGAGCUCAGAGACAUUGCCGAGAAAGCACUGGAUAUUGCUGCCGGCGACAGCAGUGAUGAUGGCAGCGACACCAACACGAAUGUAGCAGCGGAGAUUAGCGGCCCAAAUUUCGACGAGAUAGCCAUCAGCUCGACAACAAAGGCAUACCGCGACAUGAUCUUGGCGAACAAGGUGUCGGUGUUCGACUUUAGAUGUUACAUCUUCUCCCGCCAAAUUGCCCUGCUGCUCAGGCUUGGCAACGCGCUUUCUUCCAAGGAAGAGCUCAUUGCAAUGCUCAAAAGUCAACAGGAGUCUAUCCUCUACGAGAUAUGUCAGCGGACGCUGCAGUUUAUCCCUUCUGUUUCGCAGAUUUUGCGACGAGACGUCAUCUUGGGGCUAACAGCAAGUAAAACACCAAGCCGCAAGCCCCCCAAACUGAGCCUCCUGGCAGAAGAGACGGUUGACAAUAUGGUGUCCUCAUUUGCCUUUUCUGUGGCCCAGCAAAUUCUUGCUCAAACCUCAACGAAGGCGCUGCCAAUUCCGCCGUCUUCGCUGUCAUAUGGAGAUGGGCUUGAGCCAAAGUCUUCUAUCCCUGAGCCCAAAACCAUGAUCCACCCAGCUCGCAACUCCUCGCUACUUCCAAGAUCUGGAGGAAUUCCUCCGCCUCCACUCAGUCCGGGUUUCUUUCCUGGACCCGGCAGACAGUUCCCAGCCAUCGGUGAUGGUACGAACAGCUUUCUUAAAAAUGGCUUAGAAGACUUGGCAGCUCGCCGAGCUGAACUUUACAUGCUUUCUAGAAGCAUCCUCUCAAGCCUUGGUAAGAAGCGCAGCUGGAGCGACGGCUGGGACGAAGCCCCUUUGGUGCGGGGAAUUGGCAUGGAUGAAAUGGAAGACGUGGAUUUGAACGAUGAUAAUAACAAAGGCAAUGGGUCUGACACUCCUUCCUCGCCGGAAGAGGCAUACGCUCCGUUGAUGGCGGGUAUCGUCAAUCCCGUGCUACGGACUGCAAUCGACAACAAGGAAGACUUCUAUCGCCUAUUUGAAAUUCUUACGGACAAGGCCAUGCGCCAUUACACGGUGGCCAACCAUGAUCAUGCGGUUCACUCCAGCAUGGCGGAUUUGGCCGUGUUGAAGGUUCAUUUGAAGGACUACAAGGCUGCUUCAUCAUACUUUUCACUCACCACGCCCUUUUUCGGAGAAAGCGGCUGGAGCCUACUCGAGCUGUCAAUGCUCAUCAUGUAUUGCCAAUGUUUGGAUGAGAUGAAUCCAAAGGGCGAGCAUGUUGGGGUUGCGUUAAAGUUGUUGACAAAAUACUGUGCCGCUGAAAAGGAGCGUCUGCAAAAGAAACCAGGGUUCAGUAGUUUCUCACAAGGAAAGACGUAUCCGGAUGCAUGGCCAGUCACUGGCAUAGUCGAAAAGCUUACACGGCUGGCCAAAUCAUUGUCAAAAGAGGUAAAGAUACCCAUGGAAAACUUCUUCACAGAUGUGGAACUGGAUGGGUUUCCGGUGUACGAAGACAACCAAGACGGCUGUUCUCUGAAUAUAAGCAUCAGGAGCCUGCUGCCCGAAGAUAUCUCGUUCGAUGCCGCAAAAGUACGAAUUACAUCUGUCGGCGAGGGACAAAGUAGAGAGCGAUUGUUUGAGGCUGCAGCUGGUUCGCCCAUCACCUUGGUGCCUGGUAAGAAUAAGAUGCGAGUGAGCUGUAAAUCUGUGGCUUCAGGACACUACAGAAUAGAUCGACUUGUUCUUUCAGCAGAGAAUCUUGUGCUACACUUUGAACGGGAUAUCAGCGCCUCCACAUCCAGCACAACCGACAUAUUCAAGCAUGCCGAUGUCAUGCUUUUCCAGCGUACUAGCACAUUCGAUGUUGUCAUGUCUGCUACAAAGCAGACAUCCUUGGACAAGAAUAACUCUCUUGGCCUAGUAAUACACACCGGAUGGAAUUCUAUCAAGAAAUGCGAGGUCCGGGUGAAACCAGCUACAGGAGGCCUGCGUUUCCUUACUACGGAGGCAGCAUUUGUAGAUUCUUCAAUGGAGUUUGCGAAACCUCCGGAAGCUGGUGUGUUUCACUUUGAUGCCAUCGCCGCUGACACGGUGGUUACGAUACGAUUCCCAUACUCUGUGGAGCAGGACGUGGGAGACAUCUUUGCCAAGAUUGAAGCUACCUACGUUACAGAAGCUGAUGAGACAUAUCACCUGGCCAAAUCUCUGGCAGUCCAUGUGGCUUUGGCACUCGGCGUUAAUGUGCAAGACGUCUUCAAGCACCAAGCACUAUUCUCUCGGUUCAAUGUGUCAACAGCAUCAUCUAGCCCACUACGGCUCUAUAAGAGCGAGCUCCUAAGCUCAGAUCUCUUCGAUUCCGUGUUUGGCGUGCCGCCGGGAAAUCCCGUCUUCAUAUUCCCAAAGCAGCCAGCGAGCUUGCUGUUCAAGGUGAAGAGGAUACCGGGGGUAAAGCCGAUGCCAAAGGGAGGCAGAACCUUGUACCUGAAGCUUGACUACACUUUACUGGAAGUUGAGAUGGAGGAGCUGGUUAAGCGGUCUCUAAUAGAAGCCUUGGAAACGACGCCCCUGAAACAAUACUCCAAGCAUGUUGUGGCAACGGUUUGGCAAGAGUUAAAGACCAAAUUACAGCCGCGAGACCUUGAGCAAGCAACCCUGCUGGGAGAGCUGGCAAUCACUAAUUUGAAGGGUAUCACAUGGGAGAAGCACUUUGGAGGAAUUGGAGGAGCACCUGGAGUCGGCGAGAAUGCGGCUGAAGGGCUGUCGGCGUUUGUGCGAACUUGGCAAAAAGCCAACAGCCGUCUCUCCAUACCAAGAGACGGCGUCAUCGACCCGUCGUCGAUUCUCAUCCCGGUGGAAAUACCCGCGCUACCAGUCCUACACACGGCAGACAUCCGCCUGCAGAGCCUCAUCCCAAGUCCCGUGGUGGGCAGCGCAGGCGGGGGGCUCCCAACCGUCUGCACGAACCAGAUGCUCCCGGCGACGCUGCACCUCAAGUGGACGCGGAUCUGGGACACGGAUUCUUCUGUUCGCAGCGACCAAGAGUUUAGCUAUGAGGUCACGGCACCUGCAGAUACCUGGCUGCUGGGCGGGCGUCGAAAAGGUCACUUUGUCAUCCCGGGGCCGUCGGCUUCGUCGCCGGCGCAGACCAUGACGUCGACGCCAGAGACCGAGGCUGAGAUUCCGCUCAUCCUGAUUCCCCUGCGGGAAGGCUGGCUGCCGUAUCCGCUGGUCGAGAUCAGAGAGGUCGUCAAUGCGGAUGGGGAUGGUGGUGGUCAGGCCACGGCGCAGGGGAGCGGCAUGACGGUGAGCCUUGAUGCGAGCGGCCCAGGGGGAGGCCCAUUGGUGUUUGAGAGCGAGAGGUUGGCCGGGUUCAAGGGCAAAAUCAUCGAGUGA